AUUUUCGGAACAACUCGUAUGGCGGCCCAGGUACACGCUACGUGAAUUGGGGCGGACGUCCCUGCCAUGGUAAAGUAGUUCGACAUGUCUGUAUCAACGGUAUUGGUGAUUUGAAGACCAUUACAAGAGGACGUGAAUUAUUUGUGAAUAAAUUCCAUUUAGAUUAUCAAUAUCUAGCUUUAGAUUGUUUAGAAGAAUGGCUGCACAACAAAACUUUGACUGAUUAUACUUUGCAAUCAAUGCCGUGAAAUGAUGCUUCUACAAGGACGUUUUUAUUGCUGGAUUUCAGUCAUUAGGUCCAACGUCGGAAAUAGUGUCACUGAAAGAAACAGAAAUCUUAAACUACAUCUCACUAUUCUAUUUAUUUUGCUCCAAAUACAAGAAAGAAAUUACAUUAUUUUCUCACUGACAGCUUGUCUAUAAAUUUGGAAAUAUUUGUUCAGAAAUCUUGGCUGGGUCGAUAGAAGUUUACUUCUCUAAAGUUUUGAAAUAAACAGAUGUGUAGAAAUACACGAAUUAAAACAGCGGGUUAAAUUUUAACCCAGGGUUAGCGCUAACCUAGACUUGCUCCAAGUCUCUCUUUGUGGACAUCUAUAUAUUGUACAUCUAUAUUGUACGUUACAUGAAAGAGAGACUUGGAGCAAGUCUAGCGCUAACCCACCUUUGAACAACCGGCCCCUGAUGUUAAACUGCUGGUUGACCUGCUCUUGUAUUUUAUUGUUAGUCGAUAUAAGAUAAUAUUUAAUUAAAUAGAAUUUAUUAUCAAAUAAUGUAUUAUGUUAUUUCAGUAUUUCACCAGCAAAUCUUCGAUAAUCAUCGAUAUUGUAGAUAAUUGAUAACAGUCGAUAACUGUCCCUGUUGCCUUUAUAUGAUAUUAUACAUGAAGUGUGGUUCUCAAUACGUCCACUGUACAGGUAAAUCACAGGCUCAAAACCUGGUCGCCAUAUUGUUUUUGUAUAAAAUGAUAAAAUAAAGAUUUUGAAGCGUUGUGUGUUUGAAGGUUUAAAAUGCCUCUUCCUGCAGCUUUGCAAGCAAGAUUAGCUAAACGUGGUCUGAUAAAGACUGACGAGCCUGGUAAGCUGGAAUAGUGUAGUUAAUUAAAAGAAAAAAUUGUGAUUAUAUAGCACGCACUUUCAGAACACUGGUUAGUGGUUUCCACACGAUUUUUGCAAAUUUGAAUAUUUAGAGAAGGAGAACACGGAUGCCAAUCAAGUCUCGAGUGGAAAAUGUCCAAAUACUUCAAAUCCAUACCACGAGUGUUCUGAAUAUUGUCGUAAAAGAUGGGGUUCACCAGCAGAAACCAACACAAAUGAGGUCAGUAUGGUUGUUUGUGUCCUAUUAAUACACCACUUGCAGAUAAAAACAUUCAUUCUCACACAUGAGACUUUCAUGUUUGUCACGAGGUCUGGUAGGUUUCAAUCUGAUCUGCCAGUCGUGUAUAAAAAGCUUAAGCUUGUUACAAACAUACAAGUUUAACAUGAGAAAAGUUCUGAAAAAUACAAGCCAGUGUGGAAAGUUUGUAUCGCGCGGCGGAUAUCUCCGGCGCGCGAUUUUGAUGAUUUCUAUAUAUUUACUAUUAAAUUUUCGAAAUCUCCGGCGCGCAAUUUCCAAACUUUCCAGUCUGGAAUACAAGAACUUUGACAUUUUGAGUGAAGGCCUUUUGUCAGGAAGUUAGCAGCCAAUCGCUCAAAAUGCCGAAGUUCUCCUGGUAUUUUUCAGGCAGUUGCAUUCCUAGCAAUCUAAGACUUUCAUAAUAUUGGCACUGGCACAGAUUGUUCAAGAUGAUAUGAGAAUAGAUGGCAUAUUGAGGCGGUUUUCCAGUCCUCGCAUGAAGCUCCUCGCAGCUCGCUGUGAGUGCAUGCAUGAGCCCUUUAUCCAAUCGCAAUGCAAAACAGUUUAUUUUAAUUAGAUACAAGCACUCGCAGCGAGCUGCAAGGAGCUUUGUGCGAGGACUGGAAAUCCGCCUUUAUGCAUCUCUAUCUCAACAUAAUGAUUGCAAUGUUUGCUUGCCAGGCUCACUAUCAACAAAUGAUGUUACCUCCUGGCUGGUUUCUUGUACCAGACAACACAAGUGGAGCAAGUUACUACUGGAACACAAUGACCAACCAAGUGUCUUGGUUACAUCCACUCAGUAAGUCUCAACUAUUGCAUAAACUAAACUAACUUUAUUUAUACUGGAUAGCUCUAUCAGUUCUCCUUAAAAGUCUAGUAAAGAUCAUCUCUUAUUGAUCCAGUGUUACUGCUGGGGGAAUUGGAAUACCUAAAAAACCUGUUACAUUAAGCACUCUUAUAGCAAUUGUAACUGACAUGAAAUUGUUUUUUUUUCAUUUUUAGACCCAAAAGCACAAAUAACCAACCCAGUAAUGUCCGACGGAAGAGGUAUUGUCACAAAGUUAACCCUUAAACUUUAUAACCUAAAUUAACCCUUUUCAAUCAUUUGAUUUGCUCUUUGUAGGUCAUGAAGUGAUGCCAAACACGGCAAUUCCUUCACCUUUGGUUGGUUCUGAUGAGAGAGAGCAAGUUUUAAAUAUUGGAAAACAUCCCAGUCUUGUGAAGGUAGCUAUAAGACGUGAAACCAUUGUGCUGUAGAAUGUCAAAUUAGAAUAGAUAAAAUGUUACAAUUGUUUAAUAAUUGUUUCAGGGUUCACAGAAGAAAAUGCAAGCAGCUGUCAAGAGAAAACAACAAGAACAAGGUGACAUAGACUGUGUAUUGAACUUUUCUACAUAUUAUACAAUAUUCUCACUUUGAAUGAAACUGCUGUUAUAGAAGCAAGAGCGAGAAAAAAGAAGAUGGACGAUCUCGACCCACUAGAUCCUGCUGCAUACUCAGAUGUACCCAGGUACACCCAGUUCUGACCAGAUUUAUUUGCAGAUCUAGUACAGCCUGGAACUUAUAGUAUAACAGGGAUUAACACACUUGUUGAAUUGUUUAGAGGUACAUGGUCAACAGGCUUGGUGGAUAAAGGCGAUGCCAAGACUGGUGUAGAUACGACAGCCAAUGGACCUCUGUUUCAACAAAGACCUUACCCAAGUCCUGGUGAAGUGUUACGAAGAAAUGCUGCAAUAAAAUCUUGACAAGCAACUACUGUAUGUAUGUAUAUGACAAAUACUAUGUGUCUUGGGAAACUAAACAUACAGUACUCUUGGUUUCUGAUGACAAGUAUAGCUGAUCCAGGUGUCAAGGAUGUGUUUGUUACUGAACCAACCUGAAUCUACUAAUCUGCUUGAAACAACAUUUACACUAUACCGGAUACUUUCCGUAGCGACAUGAAAAAACACUUAACCGUAUCUUUUAGAAAUGCUAUUUUCAGGGGAAUUUUUGCAAUGGAGAGAUGUUCACUCAGCUUCUGGAAGUUGUACAUUUUGUAUCGGAUAGGUGCUUUUUCGCACCGCUACGGAAAGCAAUCCGGUAUACUGUAAACAUAGCGUAAAUCUUUGUACAGUGGAAGUACACAGAUACAAUUCAAGUUGAUAACUUGAUGGCCUAAUUUUACCAUUUUGGAUUGUGAAUAUAAUAAUUACUGCACAAACAUAAAUGAUCUGUUAAUGAAAAAAUAAAUAAGGCACAAACAACUAUUUACAAUUCUGACAUAAACAUGACACAAUUUAUUAUCAAACUGGCUUCCCCAGUUUGUCUUUGGCUUUGUCUCUUGCUUUAUUUUGUUCUUGCACUUUAAAAUGUGUGUAGCAAAUUAUGCCAAGUAGCGUCAGUACAACACCUAUCAUUUGGUUGAGUGAUACAGGAUCAUGAAAUAUUAGGACACCUCCUGUUAGAGUAAUACAGAACUUCAAAUGACCAACCAUAUUAUAUCUAGAAUUAGUCA